AUGCAAAGUGGCACACUAGGUUUCAAACCCACCAGUUCAGGGGAAAUCAGAACCCUCAUUGGUCUCCACCUUGCUAUGGGCGUGAUGAAAAUGCCAAGAGUCUCCAUGUACUGGGAAGCCGGGAUGGACAUUGGUAUUUUUCGAAACACCAUGUGCCGUGACAGAUUCUUCCAGCUUCGGUCACAUUUGCAUUUGGUCAACAAUUUGGAGAGGCCAGCAGAGAACAAUGAUGUGUUUUAUAAGGUAUGUCCUCUCUAUGAUGCCAUGCGCAGAAGAUGCUUGGAGCUUCCACUAGAGGAAAACCUUUGUGUUGAUGAACAAAUGGUGCCAUUUCGUGGAUCUCUCUCUGUCAAGCAAUACGUAAAAGGCAAGCCACACCCUUGGGGGGUGAAAAUAUACUUCCUGUGUGGGAAAAGUGGCAUGGCCUAUGAUUUCCUGCUGCACCAAGGAGCUACAAUGGAAGUGUCAGAGCAGUUUAAGACGCAGCUAGGACUUGGAGCUGGAGUGGUGUACCAUCUCAGCCAGCGCAUUACAGAGGCCGACCACAAGUUGCAUUUUGACAAUUAUUUCAUGACGUACAAUCUUCUGGAGCUGUUGGCUGAGAAGGAAAUUCAUGCCGCUGGAACAGCAAGGGUCUGUCGCUUUGCCAACCCUCCUCUACAGUCUGACAAAGUGAUGGCAAAAAUGCCGCGAGGAAGCUGCGAUGAAGCUGUAAGCUGUGAUGGUAAGGUCGCACUGGUCAAAUGGUUUGACAGCAGAUCAGUCGUCAUGGCCUCCAACUUUGUUGGUGUCGGCACAAUGGAUGAAGUGCUGCGGUGGGAUGAAAAGCAGGGAAGAUUUUUGAAUGUGUCCCGUCCGGAGGUGGUCAAGCUGUACAAUGAAGCAAUGGUAGGUGUUGACCUGCUCAAUCAACUUGUUAGUCUGUACCGCACAGAAAUUCGGUCAAGAAAGUGGACCCUGAGAAUGAUUACACAUGCUUUUGAUCUAGCUGUGGUCAACAGUUGGUUAGAGUACAGGCUGGAUGCCAAGAGGGCCAAUCUACAGACAAAAGACACCCUGGAUCUCCUCCAUUUCAAGAUGAAUGUGGCCCAGUGUCUGGUGAGUGUCCAUAAACCAGUGGCAGCAAAACGUGGAAGACCCAGUAUGUCUCCAGAACCACAACCGCGUGCCCACAGACCACGAGUUCAGGAUGCAAGGCCUCUACCUGAAGUGCAGUAUGAUAUGGUUGACCACAUGCCGAAUUAUGAUGAGAAGACAGAGGCCACCAGAUGCAAGAGGCCAUACUGCACAGGGAAAACACAUGUAUUCUGUGACAAAUGCAACAUCCACCUUUGCUUUGUGCCACACAGAAACUGCUUCAAGGCUGCUCAUCGCAAAUGA